GCUGAUGUUGUUAUCAACGUACGCUUCGCCACUCAUUAAAUUGCGUGUACCUCGUCAGCUUUAAUUUAUUUCUCGAAAACUGAAAGUAUUAAUCUGCUAGAUCCCCUUGCCAAAAAUAUUUAUUUUGUCUAAAAACUAUUUAGUUGGUCCUGGCUCGAUGAGCUGGCUCAUUGACUUUAAGCACCAGGUUGCGGCUUUUUUUACGCAAAAUUUAAACUAAUUAAAUUAGUGCAGUUCUUAGGAACAAAUUAAAAAUACAAUUAUGUCCGGAGCAGCCAUUGCAAUCAAUUCUGCAAUUUCGGGAGCCGCCUACUACAUGGCGAUUAGGAUGAUACCUCGCUUCCGGGACAUGUUCAUCAAAGCGAACCUCUUCGGCAACGAUCUCUGCAAAAAGGACAAGCCCCAGGUUCCGGAGUCCUUUGGCGUGCUUAUUGGAUGCGUGUAUCUCGUCUCCCUGUUUCUUUUCAUCCCCAUCCCUUUUGCCUUCGAUGAAGCGGCUGCCACGGAUGCAGUUACGGGCGGGAAGCCGGACACUUUUCCCCACGACAAGUUUGUAGAAUUGAUUGCCGCCUUGCUAUCCAUUUGCUGUAUGAUCUUCCUAGGCUUCGCCGACGACGUCUUGGAUUUGCGGUGGCGCCACAAGUUGUUGCUACCCACGAUUGCAACGCUGCCCCUGCUCAUGGUCUACUAUGUUAACUAUAACUCCACCACCAUUAUUAUGCCGAACUUUGCAAGGGACCUGAUUGGAACCUCAUUGAACAUAGGCGUUCUAUACUACAUCUUUAUGGGCAUGCUGGCUGUUUUCUGCACAAAUGCCAUCAACAUCCUGGCGGGCAUCAAUGGCCUGGAAGUCGGCCAGUCUGUCAUAAUCGCUGGUUCCAUUCUGAUCUUCAACUGCAUCGAACUAUACCUGGGUCAUCAGGUAGAGUCGCACAUAUUCUCCAUCUACCUAAUGCUACCGUUCGCGGCGACCACCCUGGCGCUCUGGAAGUUCAACAAGUAUCCCUCGCAGGUGUUUGUCGGCGACACAUAUUGCUACUUUGCUGGCAUGACCUUCGCCGUUGUGGGCAUCCUGGGCCACUUCAGCAAGACUCUAUUGUUGUUCUUCCUGCCACAGGUCUUAAACUUCCUGUAUUCCACGCCGCAAUUGUUUCAUUUUGUGCCUUGCCCUCGGCAUCGGCUGCCCAAAUACGACAGCAAGACGGAUCUGCUGCACAUCAGCACCACGGAGUUCCGUAUGGAGGAGCUGAACCCCGUGGGACGGUUGAUGGUCAAGACUCUCCAAAAGCUGCGACUAAUCAGCUGGCAGGCCAGACCAGACGGCUUGAUAAGGACCAACAACUUCACCCUCAUCAACUUCGUGUUGGUCAUAUUCGGUCCAGUCCACGAGCGAGUGGUCACCCAGAUGCUAAUGGCCUUCCAGGCAGUCUGUACACUGAUAGCUCUGACCAUUCGCUACCCGCUGGCCAACUACUUUUACGCGAAAACGUAACUUUGAAGUGAUUUGUAUAAUUAUUGUAGCAAGCCGUUGUUUUGUUAACUCUACGAAACUGGAAACACAUCUAGUUUUAUUGCGAACCCCAUAAAAAUUUUCCAAAGCAAUA